CAACGCUACACUCCAGUUCGUCCAACCCGCUGCAGAGCUGUCUAAUCUCCGGCUGCGAGUUCCCUCACCCAUUCCUUCCGAGCUGAGUCCCUGUGGCCGAGACUCCUGGAACUCACCGACCUCACCACCGCUGCCUUCCACUCGGCAGCUUAAUUCCUUACUGGCUCAGGUUCCUCCUUCCUUCCCUAGCUACGACUUCCGGCUCAGCUGGUCGUCCGGGAAACGGUCGGCUUCCGGUUUCGAGGCGGUGGGCGGAGCCAAGAUGGCUGAGGAGAAGCUUGGGAUGAAAACUCAGGUUCCUGCAUCUAUUGAAUCUCAAAAACCCAGGCCAAAAAAAGCUCCAGAGUUUCCUAUUGUGGAGAAGCUGAACUGGCUGAUCCAUCUCUACUAUAUCCGGAAGGAUUAUGAGGCGUGCAAGGCUGUGAUCAAAGAACAGCUUCAGGAGACUCAGGGGCUGUGUGAAUAUGCUAUUUAUGUCCAAGCACUGAUUUUCCGCCUGGAAGGAAAUAUCCAAGAAUCCCUAGAACUCUUUCAGACGUGUGCCGUUCUCAGCCCACAGUGUGCUGAUAAUCUCAAGCAGGUGGCCAGAUCCUUAUUUCUUCUGGGAAAACAUAAAGCCGCCACGGAAGUAUAUAAUGAAGCAGCUAAGCUCAACCAGAAAGACUGGGAGAUCUGCCAUAACCUGGGAGUGUGCUACACUUACCUAAAGCAGUUCAGCAAGGCGCAAGACCAAUUGCACAGUGCCCUCCAGCUUAACAAGCAUGACCUGACUUACAUUAUGCUGGGGAAGAUCCAUUUACUGCAGGGAGACUUGGAUAAAGCCAUUGAGAUCUACAAGAAAGCAGUGGAGUUCUCUCCAGAAAAUACAGAACUUCUCACAACUUUAGGAUUACUCUACCUACAGCUUGGUGUUUACCAGAAGGCAUUUGAACACCUUGGGAAUGCACUGACUUACGACCCUGCCAACUACAAGGCCAUCUUGGCAGCAGGCAGCAUGAUGCAGACUCAUGGGGACUUUGAUGUUGCCCUUACCAAAUACAGAGUUGUAGCUUGUGCUAUUCCAGAAAGUCCUCCACUUUGGAAUAACAUUGGAAUGUGUUUCUUUGGCAAGAAGAAAUACGUGGCAGCUAUCAGCUGCCUAAAACGAGCCAAUUACUUGGCACCCUUCGACUGGAAGAUUCUGUACAAUCUGGGCCUUGUCCAUUUGACCAUGCAGCAGUAUGCAUCGGCAUUCCACUUUCUCAGCGCAGCCAUCAACUUCCAGCCAAAGAUGGGGGAACUCUACAUGCUCUUGGCUGUGGCUCUGACCAACCUGGAAGACAUAGAAAAUGCCAAAAGAGCUUAUGUAGAAGCUGUCCGCCUGGAUAAGUGUAACCCUUUAGUAAACCUGAACUACGCUGUGCUGCUGUACAACCAGGGUGAGAAGAAGGGUGCCUUGGCUCAGUACCAGGAGAUAGAGAAGAAGGUCCAUUUUCUCAAGGACAACAAUCCUCUGGAAUUUGACUCUGAGAUGGUAGACAUGGCUCAGAAGUUGGGAGCUGCCCUCCAGGUUGGAGAGGCACUGGUCUGGACCAAGCCAGUCAAAGAUCCCAAGUCAAAGCACCGGACCAAUUCAGGCAGCAAAUCUGCUACUCUCCAGCAGCCUCUGGGCUCCUUUCAAGCUCUCGGACAGGCGAUGUCUUCGGCAGCUGCACACAGGAAGAUCCCUUCAGGUGCUGUAGGAGCCCAGCUCACAAAGCCGCCAUCACUUCCACUGGAGCCAGAGCCAGAGCCCACUGUGGAGGCGAGUCCAACAGAAGCAUCAGAACAAAACAAAGAAAAAUAGCAACAAACAUGAAAAUCCAGGAUGACCCUGGAGUAGGGGGCGUCUCUUAAGUGAGACCAUAUAGAAGGUGGUCACAUGACCAGGCAGAUGGAGGCCAUCACUUCCUCCCUGGGUGGGCACUGCAGAAUAAAACAGAACCCAGGGUGUGUUGUGAUGAUCAGGAGGAGCCCAAGCAGCUCUUGGCUGGCCCCAUCAUAGGAACAAGGGAGAAGACAUGCUACAUAGACUUGAGGUCCCGCAUGUAUACUCCAAGACUCAGCAAGGCAAAUGAUGAAAGACCAUUACUCAGUGAAGGACUUUAUCUUGAUAACGGGAAAAGGACCUCUACUCAGUAGGCUGUGGUGAUGAAGCUUCUUCAUUCUAACUGGACUGUGGGAAGACGUAAGUCUCCACUGGAAACAAACCUUGGAUUAAGAACCUAGUUAAAUAUGGCUUCCACACAACCACCACCACCACCACCACCACCACCACCACCACCACCACCACCACCACCACCACCACCACCACCACCACCACUCCUUUUAGAUUAAGUUGAGAUCCAAACUGGAAUGAAUCCAGCUAUAUCUGCCCAAAGACAAUCUAAAACAAGUCCUUAUCUCCAUUCUUCAGAGAGGUCAGAGUCUAGAGCCAGAUCAUGUCAGUUUAAGUAGAGUCAAGGACUGGUCAGGAAUCGGCGCCAAGAAUUUAAAAAAAAAAAAGUGGGUAGGGUGACUGAGGACAUAGCUCAGUAUCAGAGCACUUGCUUAGCAUACACAAGGCCCUGGGUUUAAUCCCCAGUACUGAUGAAAAAGAACAGAGCUUUUAGAUAAGGAAUUUUAACCAAGACAAUCAAUGAUGAAUGCUGACAGAUGCUCUCAUGGCCCAUUAGCAGCCUUUGUGAAAGAUUAUGGAUCUCCAAGAGGUCACAUUAAAAGAUUUUUAAAAAAAUAAAA